GGACCCCGUGGUCCCGCGGAAACUGCAGUGUUGGGCUAUUUUAAAUGGCUCUUACUUGAAAGGAGGCGUGAUUUCCACGUUCGAGCGUCUUCGCUCCCCACCCCCUCUCCGCACCAGCCAGUGCGCGCCACCACCUGAGCUUGGCGAGAGCCAGAGCGCACGCAGUCUUCAGCCUCCUCCUUUCCGCCUCUGGGGGAGCUCGGCUCUGAGCGGGUCCGCCUGAUGCCCCCCGGGAGAACUCUUUACUUUUUGUUUGGAAAAUCGGGGCCAUUUCUUUAUUCAUCUCUGGGGCUCCCCGGAGGAUACAGGGGAGGAGAAGGCGGGCUGAGGACGUGUUUCUCCCGGCUCGGCCACUUCAUUGCCAGUCACCCGGUCUUCUUCGCCUCGGCGCCCGUGCUCAUCUCCAUCCUGCUCGGCGCCAGCUUCAGCCGCUACCAGGUCGAGGAGAGCGUGGAGCACCUGCUGGCGCCCCAGCACAGCCUCGCCAAGAUCGAGCGCAACCUCGUUAACAGCCUUUUCCCGGUCAACCGCUCCAAGCACCGGCUCUACUCGGACCUGCAGACCCCAGGGCGCUACGGCCGGGUCAUCGUCACCUCCUUCCAGAAAGCCAACAUGCUGGACCAACAUCACACCGACCUGAUCUUAAAGUUGCAUGCUGCUGUGACCAAGAUCCAGGUUCCAAGACCUGGAUUCAAUUACACGUUUGCCCACAUAUGUGUCCUGAAUAACGAUAAGUCUUGCAUUAUGGAUGACAUAGUGCAUGUGCUGGAAGAGCUAAAGAAUGCUCGGGCCACCAACCGGACCAAUUUUGCUAUCACAUACCCGAUCACUCACUUAAAGGACGGGAGGGCCGUGUACAAUGGGCACCAACUUGGAGGUGUCACCGUGCACAGCAAGGACCGGGUGAAAUCCGCAGAGGCCGUCCAGCUCACCUACUACCUGCAGUCAAUCAACAGUCUCAACGACAUGGUGGCUGAGAGGUGGGAGUCCAGCUUCUGCGACACUGUCCGACUAUUCCAGAAAUCUAACAGCAAAAUCAAAAUAUACCCUUACACGUCCUCCUCGCUGAGGGAAGACUUCCAGAAGACCAGCCGCGUGUCAGAACGUUACCUGGUCACCAGCCUGAUCCUGGUGGUCACCAUGGCCAUCCUCUGCUGCUCAAUGCAGGACUGCGUCCGCAGCAAACCCUGGCUAGGCCUACUCGGCUUGGUGACCAUAACCCUGGCCACUCUCACCGCAGCCGGGAUCAUCAAUCUUACUGGUGGGAAAUACAAUUCCACCUUCCUGGGAGUCCCUUUCGUCAUGCUAGGUCAUGGAUUAUAUGGGACUUUUGAAAUGUUAUCCUCCUGGAGGAAAACUAGAGAAGACCAACACGUUAAAGAGAGAACUGCAGAGGUCUAUGCCGACUCCAUGCUCUCCUUUUCUCUCACCACUGCCAUGUACCUGGUCACCUUUGGCAUAGGGGCCAGCCCUUUCACGAACAUUGAGGCAGCCAGAAUCUUCUGCUGCAAUUCCUGUAUUGCAAUCCUUUUCAACUACCUCUAUGUACUGUCAUUUUAUGGUUCCAGCCUGGUAUUCACUGGCUACAUAGAAAACAAUUACCAGCAUAGUAUCUUCUGUCGAAAAGUCCCAAAGCCCGAUGUAUUGCAGGAGAAGCCGGCAUGGUACAGGUUCCUCCUGACAGCCAGAUUCAGCGAGGACACAAGUGAUGGUGAGGAAGCAAACACUUAUGAGAGUCACCUGUUGGUAUGUUUCCUCAAACGCUAUUACUGUGACUGGAUAACCAACACCUAUGUCAAGCCUUUUGUAGUUCUCUUUUACCUUAUUUAUAUUUCCUUUGCCUUAAUGGGCUAUCUGCAGGUCAGUGAAGGGUCAGACCUUAGUAACAUCGUAGCGACUGCGACACAAACCAUUGAGUACACUACUGCCCAGCAAAAGUACUUCAGCAACUACAGUCCAGUGAUUGGGUUCUACAUAUAUGAGUCCAUCGAAUACUGGAACACUAGUGUCCAAGAAGAUGUCCUAGAAUACACCAAGGGGUUUGUGCGGAUAUCCUGGUUUGAGAGCUAUUUAAAUUACCUUCGGAAACUCAAUGUGUCCACUGGCUUGCCUAAGAAAAACUUCACAGACAUGUUGAGGAACUCCUUUCUGAAAGCCCCCCAAUAUUCGCAUUUUCAAGAGGACAUCAUCUUCUCUAAAAAGUACGAUGAGUUCGACGUAGUGGCCUCCAGAAUGUUUUUGGUGGCUAAGACCAUGGAAACCAACAGAGAAGAACUCUACGAUCUCCUGGAGACCCUGAGGAGACUUUCUGUCACCUCCAAGGUGAAGUUCAUUGUUUUCAAUCCAUCCUUCGUGUACAUGGAUCGAUACGCCUCCUCUCUGGGCGCCCCCCUGCACAACUCCUGCAUCAGUGCUUUGUUCCUGCUCUUCUUCUCGGCAUUCCUGGUGGCAGAUUCCCUGAUUAAUGUCUGGCUCACUCUAACGGUCGUGUCCGUGGAGUUUGGAGUUGUAGGUUUCAUGACCUUAUGGAAAGUCGAACUAGACUGCAUUUCCGUGCUAUGCUUAAUUUAUGGAAUUAACUACACAAUUGACAAUUGUGCUCCACUGUUAUCCACAUUUGUUCUUGGCAAGGACCUCACAAGAACUAAAUGGGUAAAAAAUGCCCUGGAAGUGCACGGGGUAGCUAUUUUACAGAGCUACCUCUGCUAUCUUGUUGGUCUGAUUCCUCUCGCAGCUGUGCCUUCAAAUCUGACCUGUACACUGUUCAGGUGCUUGUUUUUAAUAGCAUUUGUCACAUUCUUUCACUGCUUUGCCAUUUUACCUGUGAUACUGACUUUCCUGCCACCCUCUAAGAAAAAAAGGAAAGAUAAGAAAAAUCCUGAAAACCGGGAGGAAAUUGAGUGUGUCGAAAUGGUGGAUAUGGAUAGUACCCGAGUGGUUGACCAGAUCACAACAGUGUGAGAGUGUCUGCUUGUUAUAUUUUCACCCUAGGUCUUACGAAGAGCAAAGCGAUGAUGCUAAUGAAACAGAUUUAGAGUUUUUCUUUCUUUUGUAAGGAUAAGAAACAGGCAUUGAUUGCCAAAAGAAAGUAAAGGACAAGGGGGGGAAAUGGGCAUUGCAUAUUUUCAACCUUUUAAACAAAAGGUUGUUAUCAGAAAGACUUUACACACACACACACACACACACACACACACACACACACACACACACACGGAGACUUAUAGUCUCCUAAACUAAGAUCAAAUAGAAGAAAGCUUAAGAGCAAGCAGAAUCCCAUUUUAUUCACACUGCAGAUGUUGCUGGUAUUGUGACAAAAACCUACUGAUUGAAAGGUCAGCUGCCAAGGCAGAAAUAGCUUUAAGCAUUGUUCAAACAGUAAGGCUUCCAGAACUUCUGCAGAGCAGUAGCUCCAGGCAGGCUCUGUGGUUUGAGGUUUCAGUCAUCUCAUCUAGCUCCCCGACACCCCAAGGAGAUGCUUGUGAAAGCUCUGGCCAGCAAAAGCAAGCCAGAACUUCAGAAGCAGACACAUGGUGGAGUAGCCAUCACCAGGGGCUGAAAUCGAGUCACCUCUCAAUUCCCCCAGGUGAGGCAGCUUUGUUGUGUAGAAUGAAUUGAUCCUAUCCCCUCCCCACCCCAUCAAUAUAUUUUUCACAUUUGUCUGGUUCGGUUACUAUACCUUUAAACCAGUGACAGCUCCAGCAAUGCAGAGUUGGGCGAUUCUAUUUUGGAAUAUCCUGUUGCUUGUCACCAAAUGGAUCUGCUUUAUUAGUUACAGCUCUUGGCAGGAGGCUCUGAGUACCCAAAACCACAGAGCCAAACCCAAAUACCUGGCACGAUGGAGGACAAGCAGGUGUCUACUUGAACCCAGGGACAGUGUUUCCAUUUUAAGAAAAAAAUGGCCAGCUGGUACAGCUGUUCGUGUUCUGGCCCUGCAUGCAUUUUGUGCGUGGAUGCCCAGAAACAAAACCUGCCCACGCCUAGCUAAGGAAGGAGAAAGGAACACUGAGAUGCUUCUCUGCCAUAGCCUCCAAACUGUAGUGCCAGUGCGCCUGCGCCAGGAUACAUGCCUGCUCAGAGACCCAGAGGACACAAGGUGCUUUGGUGGGCGCAAGUCCUGAAGCUGAGAAACUUCGAGAAAGCGCAGGCAGGGAGAUAAAGGAUGGAAAGGGAGAUAGAUGGAAUGGCCGGAAGAUGUAAUCUCUGAUAUAAAUCUAUCAAUGAUGACAGUCACACUUUCCUGCUAAACUGGCUGCACUUUCAUCUUCCUGCCCCGCCCCAAGCCUUCGUUGCUGCCCGUCUACUUCAUUGCAUGGCCCGUCUGCACGUCAAUGAGCCUAGAUGCUUAUACUGUUGACUUGCAGUAUCUGCAGGAUCUAAACAGAAAAGGUUUGAUCUGCAGAGGCUAUGUAUGUUGCCCCAGACCCCUGCGUUUCUUUAAGUCUGUACAAAUUAAGCUAAAAGCUGGUCACAUUUGAGGCAACUGUCUACAGUGUUUUUUCCCUUUUAGAGAUGUAGCUUACUUAGACAUCUAUAGUGAUAAGCAUUUCCCAAAAGCACCUUACCUUUUUGGACUUUAGCGGAUGUACUGUGCAACUUUCCCAUCCUCCACAGGGGAGGAAAGUGAGACCUAGGAGGAUAAAGCGACUCACCCAGGGUCACACCACUAGAGGGUUUCUAUCAUUUUAGCAUGUCUAAGACAGGGCAGGCCAAUUUUAGAUUUUCUCAUAAGAGGGCUAUUACUCCCUUCAAAGUACAUUUCCAAGGAAGGAACACGGGACUUUGUUGGCCACAGGGCAGGCUUUUUUUUUUUUUUUAACGUCUGGGUAAUUGUUUGGGAUUUAGAUUUGCCACUGUCUUUCCAAACAGCAAAAAUGCCCAAAUGAUUCAGAUGUACUCCACCAAGUGCAAACCUGUGCUUUCUAUUUCAUGUACUGUUGUUCACACAGCUGUAAAUACAUGUGCAGGGGAUCAUCACUAGUACAUUACACACUUGUCCAAUCUCUCCUGCAGACACACGAAGCGAUCAUACCAACAUGGUAUGUGCUCAACUAGAAGAUAAUGAGCUUUAAUCUGAGGACAAACACAGUCCUCAAAAAAGGGCAAGUUCACAUAAUAGAUCUGCGAUCAAUUCUCUCUCCAAGGGGCCUGCAACAAGGCUAUUAUUUAUCAAACACGGCUGAAGAGGGGAUUGCUUUUAUUCUUAAAUCAUAUGUUGCUAAAUCAUUUUCUGAACAGUGUGUUCUAAAUCAGCCAUUGAUUUAGUGUCGGCCACGUGGAGCACCUCGGGUUCAAACGACUCCACAAAACUGAUACGACACACUCACCGAUUAAGCGGAUUUUGUUGAGAAUUUAAUCAUUCAAUGUGGUCAACCGGAAGGACUUACUGUGGAACUUUGUUUUACGACAGUUUUCCAACUGGAUUGAGACUCUGUAUUCCUUGGGAUAAUGUACUUUUAAACGAAGGGACUUUUCAACCUUAUCAACUUCUCUUUUCAACACUUGAAAUCAAGGCUUAUGAAAUUCUGACUGUGGAAUGACUUUUCUUUUUUUUUACUGGGGGACUCUGCAUGCCAAGAUUUAUUACUGAUUAUUUAUUGUUAGAUCAUUAUUUAAUUGUUAAUAAUGAUUAUUGAUUAUUGCUCUGACAGCAUUGGUUUAGCCCCAGCUUAACCCCACCAUGGAGAAGACACUUUAGAAAUAACUCAAAAUCACAUCCAUAUAAAAUUUGUCUUUACUUCAUGAAGUUUUACUUUUUCAAUUGCUAUAAAGAGGGAAAGAACGACCCUAGCAAACACUUGGAAAAGUUUUAGUUUUCAAUUAAUUCCAACCAAGGCAUUAAUAUUCACUUUACCAAAGAAACUCAUUUGGUUGGUUUUGAGUUGGUGUUUGUUUACCAAAGAAAAUAUUCCAUUCAUCACAAACAUUUCUCCUGGUCAACUUUUAAAAAACUGUGAUACUUGGGCUUUCUUGGCCAUUAAUAAGGAAAAAAAAGUCAGGGUAAGGAUUAUAUUCUCUCAGCAGAAGACAUAAAUUCCCAAGAAACUUGGGUUUUGCAAGACAGAAAAUGAUACUUGAAAUGGGGCAUUAUUGUUUAGCAAUGGUCCAAUACGUAGCAUAAGGGCUCCUCAGGCUAAAAGGACUACAUGUGUUCCACAGAAAACAAGACAAACCCUCAUGAAACUCCCUCUCCAUUGUUCCAGCUCGUACGUUUUGUCCUGGUUUGGUUUUGGGGUUGGAGGUUUUCUGGCUUUUGUUUUGCUGUGGUUUGGUUUGUGGUGUUUGUGUUUGGCUGUCUUGUUCUCACCUUUCCUACCACUUUUACCCCUUCAAUUUUCAAUGAAAAGUGAAAUAAUCCGAAUCCAUCCUCCAUGGCUGCAGUUAUGUAUGCAAUAUACUGCUCUAUACAAGGCCCUUGAUGACCCUUUCAUUGUAACUAACCACCACCCAACUGUUCUAAGUGGUAUUCUUGGACCCUAACACCACUUUCCUCCAGCCCCAGCUGUGUCUAUCUCAAGAACAGGUGGGCUGGGCAGCCACCUUGGGGGUUUGGCAAGAGGCAGAGCCUUUUGGACACAAAUGGUACCCUCUUCCUAAUGGCUUUAUUCCUUCGGAUCCUAUUAAAGUAGUCCUGCAGCUUGUA